AUGCCUCUCAAGAAGUCAUACUCAGAGCAUGUUGGUUUGCCUGCAAAGGUCCGCCACAGAACAGACCCCUCCACGAGAUGCUCGCUGACUUUGUCCCAGAACCGCUCGUGGCAACGCUCCAAAAGCAACCCAGUCAACGCCCAAACAUCACGACCUCUCGCCCCCGUAUCCGACAAAACAAAGAGCAAGUUGAACCAAUUCCAGUUCCAGUCCCCAGCCAAGGCCGAGGCUUCGGACCAGGAAAAUGGCAGCGGAAACGAAGAUGGCAUUCGACAGACUCGAGAUGACAUCGCCAUCACCCCGACAACGAAGUUGAGCUGGCGCGACUUAAUGGAGUCGAACGCUCCCAAAGAAGACGACACACAAGUUUCACCUAGCGAGCGUAUUCUAUGGAACAACGAACGAGACAAGAACGACCGGACGUACGCCGCAGCCCUCUCGCCGAUGAUGCCCCGGAAGGGCCGUAAAAGAGCUAGGAGUUCGUCGCCGAUAUCUUCUCCAGCACCACACGAGCAACCUGCCACGCCGGCGGUCAAUGUGAAAAAGCUCAGCGAGGCGCUCAAGUCACCACACGCAGACCCAACCUUGGAGCUCUGGGACCGCUUCUCGUUCACCAGCAAUGGCAAUGUAACACCUCUGGGCAUCUCAAACCCGACUCUCGCCAACUUGAUGUUUUCCUCGUCUCCGCGAAACCCCAAGAACGCACCCCCCUCUGCUGGCGACAGCAGUUUGCGAAGAGCCAUCAGCUGCGGUCUCAACUGGCCAAAGAGAAGACGAGUCGACCGAUCGGAUACACCCUCCUUGACAAGCACGUUGACCUGGGAGACGACCGACAGUUCAAAACAUUCGCUCGUAACGGCGCUCCUAGAUACAGUCACUGGUAGCAUGCACGAAAACAGUCCGCCACAUGAGUCGGAGCCGUUUGUUGACCAUGAGGUCGAAUCGCCAUCUCUCAAAAAGAGAAAGACAGCCACUAUGAGGCCACCAGCCCUCUCCCCAUCACGAAGGCCGCUUGGGGCCACAAAGCUACCUCCAGGCAACACCACCAAUUUUAUUGUUGCACAAGAUCUGGGACUGGAUGUGAAAGGGAAUGCGGCCCCGGCAGAGUCCGAUUACGGUGAUGCCGACUUUGACGAGUUCGACGAGUUCGAUGAUGACACGUUUCUUGAACUUGAGGCCAGCAUCAGCCUUUCAAAUUCGAACCGAGAUGCAAGACAGAGCACUCCUACUCCUGCACCUCUCAAAUCUGUACAGCCCGUUCAGCAAAAUGAUGCCAACUUAGACGAUGAGUUUGGCGACUUGGACGACGACAUCUUCGAAGUUGCAGAAACUAUUUUGGAGAUUGCAGAAACAAAGGCCGCAUCCCAAACGCCAACGAGCAUAGAGCCGCCUGCUGUAUUAAGCGUUAGCGCACCUCCGCAAGACGACCUGGAGGAUGUCUUUGGGGACGACUUUGGCGGAGACUUCGACUUUGACGCGGCAGAGCUUGCCGCGACACAAUCGGCCCAGCAACCCGACGCGUCGUCCACAACAGCUACCAGCCAAAAACCCAAAGCCAUUCAACGAUAUCUGGUGACCAAUGUCCUAGACAACGAUUACACGGACGAGCGCGGGCUGUCCCGGGUCGAGAAGAUCUUGAUCGUCCAAGUCGACAACACCAAGUCCAUGAGGACAAUUCAUCUCCGAGGCGACUGGUACGAAACACCUGCGCACGCCAAGGCAUAUGUACAUGUUAUUGGAGCCUUUUCACCAAGCGGCCAAUGCAUUGUUGACGAUUCACACAACAUCCUAAUACUACACCCCGAUCAGUUGAUAUCAGCCACGGUCGUAGCUGAUUCAUUCAGCUGCAUGCGGCGAGCAGUCUUACAGGAUCGCGUCAAAGCGACCAGUGAGGCGACUGCGCCUCUGGUGUACGGAACCAUGCUCCACGAAAUCUUCCAAGAAGCUCUCUUGGCGAAUCAGUGGGAUCUACGGUUCCUCAGUGGCGUGAUUGACAAAGUUAUGGAGAAGCAUAUCGAAGACUUAUAUAAGAUCAAGGUCGGCACCAGCAUUGCUAAGGAACAUCUUCAGUCAAAGAUGACAGAGUUGAGUUGUUGGGCCACGGCUUUCGUAGCCUCUCAGCCGAAUCUUGACGCUGUCGUCCAUGAUCGCAAUGGAAAGAAGGCCAACAUGUGUGUCAGCAAGCUACUUGAUGUUGAAGAACAUGUUUGGUCACCCAUGUACGGACUCAAGGGGAAUAUCGAUGCAACUGUGCAAGUCACGAUGAGAGACGGCAAAGACGUCAAGACACUGACCGUCCCCUUUGAAGUCAAGACGGGCAAGCAUGCCAACAGCAAUCACAUGGCCCAAACAGCACUCUAUAACCUUCUUUUGUCUGACCGAUACGACCUCAACAUCGUCUACGGCAUCCUCUACUACAUGGAAACAUCGCAGACCAUGCGCAUUCCAACGAUUCGGCACGAGUUACGACACAUGAUCAUGCAGCGGAAUCAGUUGGCGUGCCACAUCAGAGAACGCAGCGUUCAGCUUCCGCCGAUGAAAAGAAGUAAGAACAUGUGCGGAAAGUGCUAUGCGAAGACAUCUUGCUUCAUUUACCACAAACUUGCCGACGACGGCAAUGGCGAAACAAGCGGCAUGGACAAGGGUUUCGACGAGGUUGUCAAGCACCUCACGCCUAAACAUCAAGAAUUCUUCCUCAAGUGGGAAAACCUUUUGACCAAAGAAGAAAAAGAGACGCAAAAGCUCAAGAGAGAACUCUGGACCAUGGUCAGCCAGGAUAGAGAGAAGGUGGGAAGAUGCUUCUCCGAUGUCAUCAUCGAAGAGGGCUCGUGGUCGGAGGACCUGGGAACCUCAAAGAUCAACCGCUUCAGCUAUACCUUCGUCAAGCGUGUCCCAAACCCAAGCCACUCUUUUUUGGAGUCUCAACUUGCUGUCGGAGAGCCUGUGGUUGUCUCAGACGAGCAAGGGCACUUUGCUCUCGCCCUGGGCUACGUCACCUCUGUUCGCAAACAGAGAAUCAGCGUAGCAGUCGACCGGCGCCUCCACAACGCACGCAUUAAGCAGCCAGGCUUUGACGAAACUGACAAUCAAGUUUUCGCUAGUAUCAUGGAAGUUGUGCCAGAAGGCUGCACCGCAGAUCAAUCCCAGGGCAAGAUCAAGCAGGCACCUAUUCGCUAUCGACUUGACAAGGAUGAGUUCAGCAAUGGCAUGGCCACUGUCCGCAACAACCUUGUUCAGACCAUGGCCGAAGGUGUCUUCGGAUCUAGAGAGAUCCGCCGUGCCGUGGUUGACCUAGUACCUCCAAGAUUCAAGGCAGCGCCUACACAAUACGUCAUUGCCGACCGAGAGUCCCUGAACGUCGACCAGCACAGAGCUAUCGAGAAGGUGAUGUGCGCCGAGGACUACGCGCUAGUGCUUGGCAUGCCUGGUACGGGCAAAACGACUACCAUCGCUCAUAUUAUUCGGGCUCUCGUAUCCCAGGGGAAGAGUGUUCUGCUCACCUCAUACACACACACUGCAGUCGACAACAUUCUUUUGAAGCUCAAGGACGACAAGACACCGAUUCUACGUCUUGGGGCCCCUGCCAAAGUUCAUCCAGAUGUUCAGCAGUUUGCAAUCCUGGCCGGCCAACCCAUGAACUCUUUCGAACAGAUCAAGGAAGCUUGGCAUGAUACACCGAUUGUAGCGACUACUUGCCUCGGUGUCGGGCAUGCGCUCUUCAACGAACGUACUUUCGACUAUUGCAUCGUCGACGAGGCGUCUCAGAUCACACUGCCAAUCUGCCUGGGACCGAUCCGGAUGGCCAAGACUUUUGUCCUCGUCGGAGAUCACAAUCAACUUCCACCCCUUGUUCAAAAUGAAGAGGCUCGGGAAGGCGGUCUUGAUGUAAGCUUGUUCAAGCUUCUCUCUGACACACAUCCAGACUCGGUGGUCAACCUAGAGCAUCAGUACCGCAUGUGUGAAGACAUCAUGACUCUCAGCAACACCCUCAUCUACGGGGGGCGACUACGAUGCGGUACUGAGGAGUUGCGAUCCAAGAAGCUUGACGUGCCAAAUAUGAAUGCACUCAAGAGUCUCCACCACGACUCUUUAUCGAUGCUUAAGGUCGGGACACCAAAGUCGUUCUGCACAUCCAUGGCCGAAAGCUGCUGCUGGCUGCGAGAUUUGCUAGAUAGCGAAGCUCGGGUGCGAUUUGUUAACACUGACACCCUGCAACCCCUCACUCGAGAGGAGGCAAAGGGCAACCGAAUCGUCAACCCCGCGGAGGCUCGUAUCGUUGUUCAACUCGUCGAGGGCCUCCUUACGGUAGGGGUACCCGACGGUGAAAUUGGAGUGAUGACACACUAUCGCUCUCAGCUAUCAUUAUUGAAGCAUGGUCUCCGUGGCCAUGUGGGCGUGGAAAUGCACACUGCCGAUCGCUUUCAAGGACGAGACAAGGAUGUUGUUAUCCUUUCGUUGGUUCGCAGUAAUGAGAGCUGCAGCAUCGGCGAACUAUUGAAGGAUUGGCGACGCAUCAACGUCGCUUUCACUCGAGCCAAGACGAAGCUGCUUGUUGUUGGGAGCAAGAGCACUUUGAAGGGCAGCGGAAAAGAUGAAAUGCUCAGCAAGUUCAUCAGUCUCAUGGAGGAACGGGAUUGGAUCUACAACUUGCCAUCCGACGCUCUGGACAGUCAUAUGUUCGACGACACAGCAACACAAUUGACAGCAAGUGGAAUCUCCCCCAACAAACCGAGAAACACCAGCUCGAGAAAGGGAUUCAAUCCACGCCAAGUUCCAAAGCUGGCCUUAGGAGUCGACAAAGAGAACCAUCGGCCUCAGCCCAAGAGGGCAAGAAUUGGAGAAAAGGUACUUAUGAAGGAUAAAGUCAUUCUCAGAGACAUACUUAAUGACAUGACAAACGGGGCUUAUUGA